AUGGAAGAGAAGAAGUCUUCAAUAGCUAGUAUCGUUAAGCCUAAGAGCAUGACCAAGGGAGCCCAAAACCCAUACAAGAAAGUAUUCUCCAAGAAACAAAUGGUGGGAGCCAAGCAGGGAGCGAAACCAAAGAUGGCUAAACUUUCACAGGUGAAGAAACGGAAUAGGAAUCUCAAAAAUUUGUCAAAAUAAUAUUGGCAAAAUUGAUAAUUUCACAAUGAAUGGACCUAAAUGAGAAGGCAAAUUAUAAGAAUGAUUAAGAGUUCAAGAUCAGCUGUGCUACUUCCAAAGGUGAGCAUAACAAAGGGAGGGGCGAAUAAGGAUUCACAUAAAUAAGCCGACUCAAAACCGGACGCCUGCUAAGACAAAAAAGGAUUCAAGCAACUUGAGCAUCAAUUUUGAGGACUUUGGAAUCAAAAAGUCAAAAACUUGAGAAAUGCAAAAGACCAUAGACCAAAUCCUGAAAUCAGAAAGUCCUCGUCUGAAGAAAUAAGAAAAUUGAGAAUCUGACAGGAAAGAAGAACAAAGAUAUUGAAUCUAGUACAGAAAGUGUCAAAGGAGCUAAACUCAUACAUAUUUCUCUAUUUGAGAGCAAGAGAAAGGAGGUAGAACUAGAUUUGAUCAAAUCAAUCUCUCAUAAGUCAGCCCAGAAGUCUAAUCGACUUGCCAAAAGGCAAGCCGUCUUUGCUGGGAAUGGACUCAAGCCAUUAGAUUUGCACAAAAUUGAUCCAAUGUAUGUGAAGCAUCCUCAGCUGAAAAGAGAUCAGAAAGCCCCAAACUUGAGAGCUUUGACUCCAGUGAACCAUACCCAGAGAAAUAAUAAGUUGAUUUCACGCAAGAGAAAGAUGACUCAUCAAAAUAAGGAUUAUCAAAGUUCGUCUCCGGUUGCUAGAGACAGGAAGAAGAUCAGGAGAAUAUCUAAAUUGGAGAUGUAUAACCAGAAAGUCCCAAGAAUGAGUUUUCCUAAGAAUUCGACACUGUAUAAAAACCCAGGCUAUUCCUUCGACCAAAAUAGAUUGAAGAGCAAGCAAGCUAAGAAAGGAGGUGACGGCUGAGCAAGUUCUUCGAAAACAAGUGACUCGUUAUCAUCAAAAUCUUCCUCAGAGAUAGAGUUCUCCCCUACUGAAUCACCGAAGAAGCUUGCAAGCUACAGAAUUAAGGAGAUGUCUGAACUGAAUACUGAGAAUAAGAGAGGAAAUAAUACUCCAAUAUUCUAUCAAGAAGAAUUCAAGUCUCCAGAGAAAAGUAGCAGAAAUACCAACAAUGAUUCUCCAGAAUGAAUGCGUUCUAGAACAUUGGAACUGCAAAAGAUGGAUAGUAGUAACUCCCGAUUAGAAAGUUCCGCGAAUAUGUCAACGAGCCAUCUAGACCCUCUCUUGAGAGAAGUAGAGGAUCUUAAGAAACAACUUGCGAUAAAAGAGGAGCUUAAUGGGUUCUUGAUAUCUGAAUUCAUUGAGCAGACUAAGAUCAAUGCAGAGCUGCGUAAAUAUAUCAACCAGCUGCUUUAUCAGAAAUAA